GCGGCUCCAAGAGAUCCAGGUAGCAUCACUGAUCAGGAGGCCUUGGAAAGCACCAACACCACACAAAGUGGGAGCACCAAAUCCCAAAACAAGGAGACAAACAAGCAAGAAACAAAAAACUCCAAGCGUAGCAGCAUGGAGAGGCGCCCUCCACUGGCCCUCGUACCGGCUCUGGUGAUGGUCAUACUGUCGCUGGCCUCGUGCGGCGCGUCGGCGGCGAGGCCGGCCUCGCGGGGCGCUGAGAAGCAGCUGCACCCGGUGGUACUGAUCCCGGGCGCCGGCGGCAACCAGCUGGAGGCGCGGCUGACGGAGGAGUACAAGCCAUCGAGCCUGGUGUGCCGGGUGUGGCCGCCCGUGCGGGGGCGCGGCGGCUGGUUCCGCCUCUGGUUCGACCCGUCCGUGCUGGUCGCGCCGCUAACCAGGUGCUUCGCCGAGCGGAUGAUGCUCUUCUACGACUCUGCCGCCGAUGACUACCGCAACGCGCCCGGCGUCGAGACCAGGGUCUCCGACUUCGGCUCCACCUCCACCCUCCGCUACCUCGACCCCAACCUCAAGUUCGUGACGGGUUACAUGAACACUCUGGCGAGCACGCUGGAGAAGGCCGGGUACGAGGAGGGCCGCAACCUGUUCGGCGCUCCGUACGACUUCCGGUAUGGGCUGGCCGGGCCGGGGCACUCGUCCCAGGUGGGCAGCGCAUACCUGCAGCGCCUGAAGCUUCUUGUGGAGUCCGCGUGCGAGGCCAACGGCGGGAAGCCGGUGAUCCUCCUGGCGCACAGCCUGGGCGGGCUGUUCGCGCUGCAGCUGCUGGCACGCAACCCGCUCCCCUGGCGCACGGCACACGUGAAGCGGCUGGUGACGCUGUCGACGCCGUGGGGCGGGUCGGUGCAAGAGAUGCUCACCUUCGCGUCGGGUAACACGCUGGGGGUGCCGUUCGUGGACGCGUCCAUCAUCCGCGGCGAGCAGCGGAGUGCCGAGAGCAACCUGUGGCUGCUGCCCACGCCCAAGGUGUUUGGCAACACCACGUUAGUGGUGUCGCGGCACCACAACCGGUCCUACUCCGCUAAGAACAUGACGCAGUUCCUACGAGACAUCGGGUUCGAGGAAGGGGUGGAGCCGUACCGCACACGGAUACGACCGCUGGUCGAGGCCCUGCCGGAGCCUGGCGUGCCCGUGACGUGCCUGGUGGGCACCGGCGUGGACACGGUGGAGAGCCUCGUGUUCGGGGACGGCGGCUUCGACGAGGACCCCGAGACGGUGGUGUACAGCGACGGGGACGGGACGGUGAACCUGUCCAGCCUCAUGGGACCGAUCAAGGCGUGGAACGACUCGCCUGCGCAGGUGGUCGAGGUGGUGGAGCUGCCCAAGGUGUCGCACUCGGGCAUCCUCAACGAUAAGAGCGCGCUCGAGCAGAUCAUCAGGAUCGUUGAUUCUAUCAAUCUGAACGCCACGAGCCAUCUGCCGUCUUAAGAUGUUUUAAUUCGGUAGCCAACUGACUUUAAAAUGUCACUUUAAUAGUUGAUUUGGUAACUUUUUAAUUUUUGAGAGGAUUGAGGUUUUCUAGCUUGUAAUCGAGACUUGGCAGGGGUGCAUGUUUUUGUGCACAUUGACAAGUCGUCUUGUUAGAGGCAAAAAUAAGAGAAACUACCGCUUCGUUAUGAAA